GUCGAUAACAAAACAGAAACCCAGUCCGCUUGACAAACCAUUAAGUAAAGGAAAAGCAGAGGAAGAAAAAGGCCAGGUACAAAUAGUACAAAAUCAUUGACAGGUUAAAGUUCAUCUUAAACAGAUCAGGAAAUGGCACAGAGAUGUGCUGCUCGUUAGGUACAUGUAAAUAUUGCAACUUUUGCUUUAUUGUUUUCUGAAAUGGUGCAGUAUUGCCAGAAUAGAGUGUACAGUGUAUCAGAGCUCCAAACAAAGCUGUCAGAGAUGGGACAACAUGUAGGUUCACAUUUGUUAGACUUGCUGUUUGUUAGAGAACAAGGAUAUAAGAGAGAAACAAAGCUACUCAAAAUGUUACUGUUUAUCAAGACUAAUUUUUGGAAGACUUUAUAUGGGAAAGAAGCAGACAGAUUAGAGCAUUCUAACGAUGAUGAGAGAACAUAUUAUAUAAUUGAAACUGAACAUCUAGUCAACAAAUUCAUAUCAGUACCAAAAGAUAAAGCAAAAUUAAAUUGUGCAGCAUUUACUGCAGGCAUAAUAGAAGCUGUUCUUAAUGGAGCUAAUUUUCCUUGUAAAGUAACAGCUCAUUGGCAUAAAGGAACAACAUUUAUGAUAGAAUUUGAAGAAUCAGUUAUAGCUAGAGAUAAAAUGGUAGAAGGAAGAUAAUUGAUGAACAACUUACAUUAAUUUUUUUUGAACAAUGCUCUAUUUCAUUAUUCUUAUUUUAUAAUUAAUAUAUGUUUUCAUUUGAAUAAAUUCAAAACUCAUAAGAUAUGAAA